UCUCUCCUACUUUCUCCAACUCACAGUCUCUUCAACUUGUGAGAGGGGAGGAGUGCGAACUAAUUCUAGAGCCUCUAGUCACUCGCGUCCGUCCUGUAAACCAAGCUGUCGGAUCUCUGGCCCAGACUACUCUCCGAGCACUGGAGUUUCCCUGAAGCUCACCCAGACAUCGCUUUUGUUGCUCUCUUGUCAGCUCCGAGACGUCUACUGACUACUCGCUUUAUGGGGGUUUGCUUUGUCAGAUUCGUUUUCGAUUCCGCUUUAAUUAUAUCACAAUCAGUGAAUUAUGCACACGCAUUCCCUUCGGUAGCGUAGGCCUACAAGUAGACAUUUGGUCGUUACCCAACUCGUGUUGCUCAUGGUGUCAGGUCGGAGCUUGCGGUUCAUCCCAGCGGAGACAGGCAGCGCCUGAUGACGGCUCAGCCUCCUUCACAAUAAGAGACCGGAGACCGUCCCGUGGCCUCGGUUUGCCCUUUUCAUUUGGAUUAUCAAUUUGUCGUUUCUUUUCUCGUUCAUUUAUUCAACGACAUCAUGACAUCGGUUUGGAAGAGAUUGCAGCGGGUGGGCAAAAAGGCCUCCAAGUUUCAGUUUACCGCGUCUUACCAGGAACUGGUGCUGGAGUUUACAAAGAAAUGGCAACCAGACAAAUUGAGGGUGGUGUGGACCAGGAGGAACCGACGUAUGUGCUCCAAGCUCCACAGUUGGCAGCCGGGCAUUAAGAACCCGUACCGGGGCGUGGUCAUGUGGCCGGUCCCUGAGAACGUGGACAUCUCUGUGACGCUCUUCAAGGAAGCCAAUGCAGAGGAAUUUGAGGACAAAGACUGGACCUUUGUUAUUGAGGGUGAGAGCAAGGGCCACAGGAAGGUCCUGGCGUCGGCCGACGUCAACAUGAGGAAGUUCGCCAGCUCCACCCCUACCCAGACGGACCUGACACUGAAGCUGAAGCCGCUGUCCGUCAAAGUGGUGGAGGCCACCCUCAAGCUGUCGCUAUCCUGCGUCUUCCUGCGGGAGGGGAAGGCUACGGACGAGGACAUGCAGAGUGUGGCCAGCCUGAUGAGCUACAAGCCCACCGACGUCGGCGACAUGGACGACUUCAACGAGAGUGAUGAAGACGAGGACAAGAAGUCUGUCACUGCUACAGCCUCAGUACCUUCCCAGCAGUGCCCCCGUGAGGUGCAAAGCGGAAGUGCAGUGGAACAAAUCUCUGUUCAUGCUCACGUCUUCCGACCUCAUGUUGUGCGGACGGUGGCUCGCCCCUCCUCUCCCUCCCCUUACAACACAAACACCCCUCCGCCUGAGAGGUCAGGGACAAACAGGGCCGCAGCUGUUCAGAACAAGCCUAGCUCAGGGCCAGGAGGUCAGGAGGCGUGGCCUGGAUCCGACACCACAGUCCCCCCCGCCACUCUUUCUCUGAUUGGCGGCGAGAUCAACCCUAUCCCCCUCCUGUCCAGCCCCGACCUCGACGCCCUGUGUGACCCGGAAGCCCCGCCUCUUUCCGCCUCCCUGCCCCCUCGCACAACCUCCCGCUCCACUUCCCUACUUGGCUCCUCCCCUUUCAGUCUUACUUCCUCUCAGCCUCUUGUGUCUGCUCCUGUUCCUCCUACUGCUGCACCUCCCCUGAGGUCCUGGCAGCCAGGAUGGGCCCCCCCGUCAACCCAAGUGGAUAAGAACACGAACCCAUUCACCAUGGAAACGACCCGCGCUGGCCCGGAUCCCAGGGAGUCGGAGCCUCAGCGCAUCAAGGCCGACAUGAGGGCGGCGAACCAGAGCGUCACGCAGGCCCUGCAGCCCUCACAGACCAUAGUGGAGGAGGACGAGGAGGACCCAAAGACCAGCAGUUCUGGCCAAGUCGUUUCCGAGCUGAUUGUAGCCCCGCCCCCUCCCUGGCCAUUCGCCAGCACCGAGAGCUCCACCCCUCAGCAGCCCUCCACCAAUGUGCUGGCAGCUUUUAUUACACCCAAAAAAAACAAAGAACAGGCUGCUUCCAAAAAGCACAACCAUAAGCCAUCUGAAGAUUCAAAGCCGCCAUUGGCUGAGCCAGAAGCAGACUUUGAUGACUUCAUGUUGGACUCUUUAACCCGGAGUGGGCCGUCAGGAGGCUUGUUCCUGGAAGAGGAGGGCUCUAAACGAGACACGGUCAAAAGGUGUCCUCCAGGCUCGCCGAAGGAAGACGCCACCCAAAGGGACAAAGUACAGGACCUUCAGCCAAUCACAGCGAAGGAGCCCGACGCCAUCCCUUCCUCUGCUAAACCCUGCCCCCCGCCGGUCACAGAGCCCCCCAGGGAGCCCCAGGCCCCCCCGACCAUCAAACCCUGCCCCCCAACCGCCGCUCCGCAGAACGAGACGCCGACGGACGGCGUCAUGGCGGACCCUCGGCCGUCCUCAGCCAAUCAGAAGCCUGCACCUGAAAAGGAGGGGCCUCUGUGGGCGGCCCUGGAGGAGGCGGGGGACUCCGGGGGGGGAGGGGGGAGAGAGGACGGGAGUGAUGCUGUUGACAGAGGCGUCGAUAAGUGUGUGAACAGAGAGGAGGUGUGUGAGGCAGGCCAGCAGCCUGAGGCGUCAGUAGGCCUCAUGUCUGCGGUAGUCGGGGUGUUUUACAGAGGCUUUGAGUCAGUGGCCUCCAUCCUCCACUCCCAUGACGCAAGUCAGCCGCGCUCCUCUCCAGACGGGCCCCCGGCCCUCAGGGCCCCGGAGGGCUACAGCGUCGCUCUCUUAUCCAUUUCAGACCUUCCUAGUGUCUCUGAGACGGACACGAGUCCACUUUCUCUCACUGAGGUGGACAUUAUGCCCCCGGCUGCUUUUGGGGACAUCAUAAAGAGACAACCAAUUAGUGGAGAGAAACAACCCAAGGUUGAACUGUCAUUUGCUGUUAAUAGUACAGGGAAGUCACCCAAUCAGGGGAUGGAGACUUCUGGUCUGGUGGCCCGUCUGAGGCUGGCUGCCAGCGAGGCAGAGAGGGAGAGGGAGGAAAGGGAAAUAGAGGGGAGGAAAGAGAAGGAAGAAGAAGGAAAGGGAGAAGAGGGGGAGAGGGCAGAUUUGGGGACGAAAGAGAAAAUGCAAGAAACUGAACAGAGCCAGGGAAGGCUAGAAAUAGGAGGUAAAGAGAGGCAACAUAUGAAAGGAGGCCGAGAGGAAAGUCAGCAGUUGAGGAAAGAGGAGCAUGAUGAGGAUCAGACAAAGAGAGGAAGACACAGGGGGGAGGAGAGGGAGGGGGGAAGGGGGAAGUUGGAGAGACAGGGAAAUGAAGGGACAAUGUUUUCAUCUGUGUCUCUCAAGCACAACAGCCAAUCACAUGCUUGUCCUCCACUUAAAGAGGUGGAGUUUGAGGAAAUAGCACAUGAGGAAAGGCUUGACACAGACGAAUCCAAAGACAGAUCUGGUCCCAAGUCAUUGAGCAAGACUGAUCUGAAAGACACAGGUUCAGCUGGUAAGAGGGAUCAGGUCCCAGAGGAAGGCAAGCCCAAAGUUCAGCGGCCCGAUGGAGCCUCUCACGUCUCCGCGGAUGAGGCACGCGAAGUCCCUCCUCCAAAACUGGCAAAAAGAGCGAAUUCAGGGCUGCAAGCCGUCCCCGUGUGGAUGAGAGAGGAGGACAGCGAGGAGCUGGAGUACGAGACGGGACAGGAGGACAUCGGCACCGUCUGUUCAGCUGAGCUGUACAUGGAGGGAGGGGGCGUGGAGGAUCUGUCCGUGACACAGGCUGCACCAGGUGGUUCUGCCGGGCCUCCUCCCACGGUCAUCCCACAACCUCUGCUCCACGGCUCAGCUGUCAAUCAACCAAAGGCAUUCAGGGAAUCUGUCUCUUUGAAGAUUCAGGCUCUGCCGGCCAAUCGGUGCUCCCCGGCCGCGCCAGAACAGGAAGUAGGAGCUGGUCAGACACCGGGCGUCACCCACGGUAACGCUGACAAGCCACAGACGUUUGGACAGGAAGUAGGAGCUAGUCGGACACCGGUCAUCUCCCACGGUAACACUCAUAAGCCGCAGAUGUCGGGACAGGAAGUAGGAGCUGGUUGGACACCGGGCGUCUUCCAUGGUUACGCUGACAAGCCACAGACGUCGGGACAGGAAGUAGGAGCUGGUCGGACACCGGGCCUCUCCCACGGUAACGCUCACAAGCUGCAGAUGUCGGGACAGGAAGAUGGCAUAAUUCAAACGGGCGUGGUUUCCACUUCCGUUGAGUUGGUGGACAUGCAGGCCGGUCCGAUGGGAAAGGACCUGGUCCCAUCGUCUGUAGUACCCUGGCCCCUCCCCUCAGAUACACAACCCACCGAGGAGAACGCCGGCUCAAAGGGUGCCAGGAUGGAAACGGAGACACCUGCCAACAAGGCAGAAGCGACCGAUGUGUCUUACGAGACCAAACUUAUUACCCUUGAAGCAAAGGCUGACGGGAACCAAAUCCCUGAGGGGAGCCUUGAGGCCAGAGACCAGGCACUCCAGGAAGAAGAACAGCUCCUAUUGGCUAAGAUCCAGAAGAUGACAGCCAAAACAUCACCUUUCCCAGUGUCUCGAGGCAAAAAGCUCCUCAUACCCGACCUCAAAGAUAUCGACGGUGACAUCACAGACCCAGAGAGCCAAUCCCAAACCAGCACUGGCUCUGGAAGCUCCACUUUCGAAAAAGCUUUUGUCGACGAGCCGUCGCAUUUGAUUGGUUCAUGCUUCACCGUGCUUGAGGAAGUUUCAUUGGCUGAUGCUAGAGAGGUAGGGAUCCUAGAACUAAGAGAGGCAGUCCGAGAAGAUAAGGAGGCAUUGAACCGGGAAGAAAACAAACCAGUGCCCACCCAGGAGCCCCCCACCUUUCCAAACGGCAGAGCUAAGGCACCUGAGGAGCCAAGCGGGCUUCAGACUCGACCUAAGAACCUGCCCAGCGGCGCUCCGGGAUCCAAUCGGGAGGCGUCCUUUCCCGGCGCUCCAGUUACCGGGGGGGGGUCAGCGAUGCGUGAUCCAGACAGAACCUCUUCCGUUCCUCCUCCUCAAAGCGGAAUGAAGAGGGGCCCUUCCUCCCACGGGGAGUCACAGCAAGGCCCCGCUCAGCCUGGAGGACCGGUGGCAGUGGGGUCCGCUGCCAGGCCGGACCCUUCAGAGGGGCUGGUGAGCUCCAGUCAGUCUCUGCUAGAGUGGUGUCAAGAGAUGACCAAGGGCUACCGGGGGUUAAAGAUCACCAACUUCAGCACCUCCUGGAGGAACGGGUUGGCCUUCUGUGCCAUCCUGCAUCACUUCCACCCAGAGAUGAUAGAAUUUAACCAGCUGCAACCCCAUGACAUAAAACUGAACAACAAAAAGGCGUUUGACGGGUUUGAAGGCCUGGGCGUGUCCCGUCUGCUGGAGCCCUCGGACAUGGUGCUGCUGUCGGUGCCGGACCGCCUCAUCGUCAUGACCUACCUGAGCCAGAUCCGCUCCCACUUCACCAACCAGCAGCUCAGCGUACUGCAGAUAGAGCACAACAGCAGCCAGUCCUGCUACGGCCUGGCGCCCUCAGGGCCCGCCCCCAGCGACGUGGAUAAGGCUGCGUUCUGUAUGGCCAGGCUGCAGGAAGGGGCGGUAGUGAGUCUGGAGGAAGGAGGGAGCAGUUCCUUGGUAGUCCCGCCUCCACGGAACAAGCGAUUGGCUAAAGGCGAAGAACCAUUAACACCAGUCGCUCCCCCAAGGGCAGUUGCCAAGGCAACCAGGGGUGGGCUGGUUCCGGAGUAUAGAGCCAAUGAGGUUGCUGAGAAGGGACACACACAGGGAAAAGAGUCGACAACCGAAACUGAUUCAGGAUCACCACAUGCAGCAGAGACUAAGCCCCCAAAACAGGAAGAGGAAACCAUGUGUCUCCAGGACACCAGUCAGUAUGUUCUGAGUGAGCUGGCUGCAUUAGAAGUGGAGCAGAACCACAUCGACAGCCGCGCCUCCGUGGUGGAGAGGAGGCUGAGGCGGCUCAUGGAGACAGGGGACGACCGCGAGACGGAGGAGAAGCUAAUCCAGGAGUGGUUCACCCUGGUCAACAAGAAGAACGCUCUGAUCCGCCGACAGGACCACCUGGAGCUGCUAGGAGAGGAGCAGGACCUGGAGAGACGCUUUGAGCUGCUCAACAGAGAGCUACGGGUCAUGAUGGCUAUUGAAGACUGGCAGAAGUCGCCAUCCCAGCAGCAGAGGGAGCAGCUGCUGCUGGCCGAGCUGGUCUCCCUAGUGAACCAGAGGGACGAGAUCAUCAGAGACAUCGACGCCAAGGAGAGAGGGGCUAUGGAGGAGGAUGAGCGUUUGGAGCGAGGUCUUGAGUUGAGGCGGAGGAAGUUCAGUAGCAAAGAGAAAUGUGUCCUACAAUGAGAGAGAAGGGAUGGCUUCUCUCGGAUGGCUGCUCUUCCUCAGGUCACAGAACCUUAUAGCUUCUCUCUGGUGUCUCAGAUCAUUAGUCAAAGUGGAUAAAUGUUGGACUAUAUCAGGGGUUUGCUAGGAGUCGCUGUAGCACAUAGCAUAACAGUCAUGAGCACUGAAAAACCCUGGCCGACGGAAGAAGACAAAUUCUGUACUACUGUAUUUUGCAUUUUGUUGUUAUCUUAUUUCUGUGUUUUUUAUUAUAACUGAGAUACUGUAUUGCUGUUUACUUGCUGUUUUCUGUCUUGAUGUGCAAGUAUAAUUUAAAUGUAAUUGCCAAAAGUUAUUUAUUUACUGCCUAAUGUCUGAGAUUAUUUUAUGUUAUCCACACUUGGUCCAGUUUGACUUUGUACUUUUAUUUUGAAGUACGACAUUGUCCAGUCUGGCCAUGGUCUGUGCGGUGAAAACAAAGCAGUAUUAAGAAUGUACCUUACCUUUACCUUUGCGGAGAAGUGGAGCAUUUUGUGAGAAAUUAUAAUUGUGUUUAGUUCAGAAGUGGUAAGUUAAAAGUUAAGUUGUUCAAUCAUGUUUGAAUAUUUGGUUUUGCGUAUUGUCUUGAGAACUUCUGAAAUAUAUGAUGUAAGCAUCCAAAGAAACACUGAAUGUUGGUGGCUGGUAAGAAAAUAGAACAAAACUUAUUGAGCUGGUCUCAAACAUUUCAGGAGGAAUCCAGCCACCCAAACCUCCACCAAAUCAUAUUUUCAACAAAAUUUUAUUUAAUCUCCAAGGUACUUUACUAAUUAAAAACGUAAAUCGUAAACAUGAAGUUAACGAUGUAUGUUAAAUGCCUUAAGUGAGGAAGUUAAAGGUUUAAUAUUCCCGCUUGUGUGUGUGUGUUGUGUGAGGUUGUUUGUGCUGAGUUGAAAGGCUGCUCAAAGCCAUUGUUACCGCAAAUGCCUAAAGUCUUUGUUUAUAGUAAUGCAGGGUUAUAAAUGACAGUUUUGAAUGAUUGGGUUAAUUAACAUGAUAAUUAAAUACUACAUUUGGAAUUUU